UACUACAAGAGGAUGCAAAGCAGACAAAAGCUGAAAAGGGAAAGGAUGGAUGAAGACAUUAAAGAAAAUAAAAAGAGGCUGAGGGUGUGUGUGGCGACGUGCAACAGGGCAGACUACUCGAAAUUGGCUCCGAUCAUGUUUGGGAUCAAAUCCCACCCUGAUGACUUCGACCUGGAUAUUGUGGUCCUUGGUUCGCAUUUGAUUGAUGAUUACGGGAACACUUUUCGAAUGAUUGAGCAGGAUGACUUUGACAUCAGUUCGAAACUGCACACGAUUGUAAGAGGAGAGGAUGAGGCAGCCAUGGUGGAGAGUGUAGGACUUGCUUUGGUAAAACUUCCAGAUGUCCUACAAAGACUGCGCCCGGAUAUUGUCAUUAUCCAUGGAGAUCGUUUCGAUGCAUUGGCUCUGGCUACUUCUGCAGCACUGAUGAACGUUAGAAUACUUCACCUCGAGGGAGGAGAGGUGAGCGGCACAAUUGAUGACUCGAUCCGCCACGCUAUCAGUAAACUAGCCCAUUACCAUGCCUGCUGCACACGAAGGGCAGAGCAACACCUUAUUUCCAUGUGUGAGGACCAUUCCCGCAUCUUGCUGGCUGGCUGUCCCUCCUACGAUAAACUGCUGUCAUCUCAGAACCAUGAAAACUAUCUGGAUAUCAUCAAGAGCUGGUUGGGUGACAAUGUGCAGGAUCAUGACUACAUUGUGGCUUUGCAGCACCCAGUCACAACUGAUAUUCAGCACUCCAUUAAAAUUUAUGGACUCAUGUUGGAUGCACUUAUCUCCUUCAAUAAAAGGACUCUCAUCCUCUUUCCCAACAUUGAUGCCGGAAGUAAGGAAAUGGUGCGGGUGAUGAGAAAAAAGGGCAUCGAGCAGCAUCCCAACUUUCAGGCAGUGAAGCACAUUCCCUUUGAGCAGUUCAUUCAACUGGUGUCCCAUGCCGGUUGCAUGAUUGGAAACAGCAGCUGUGGUGUGCGAGAGGCGGGGGCCUUUGGUACACCGGUCAUCAACUUGGGAACAAGACAAACAGGCAGAGAGACGGGUGAGAAUGUUCUGCAUGUGAGGGAUGCCGAUACGCAUGAUAAGAUCUUCCAUGCUUUGCAGCUGCAGUUUGGAAAGCGAUACCCCUGCUCUAAGAUCUAUGGUGACGGAAAUGCCGUCCCCCGGAUUCUCAAGUUCUUAAAAUCCAUUGACCUGAAUAAGCCGCUUCAGAAGACUUUCUGCUUCCCCACGGUGAAAGAUUCCAUCUCACAAGACAUUGAUCACAUCCUGGAGAAACAAAGCGCUCUGGCUGUGGAUCUUGGCGGUACCAACCUCAGAGUAGCAAUUGUCUGCGCUCAGGGUACUAUAGUGAAGAAAUAUACUCAACCAAAUCCAAAGACCUUUGAACCCAGGAUGCAGCUCAUAUUGAAAAUGUGUGAAAUUGCUAUGCAGGAUGCAGUAUCUCUCAACUGUAGAAUACUGGGUGUUGGAGUGUCUACUGGUGGGCGGGUAAAUCCACAAGAAGGCGUAGUAAUGGACUCCACUAAACUAAUCCAGGAGUGGACGUCUGUGGAUUUGAGAACACCCAUCUCUGAUGCCUUUCAUCUGCCUGUCUGGGUGGAUAAUGACGGAAACUGUGCAGCUUUGGCUGAAAGGAAGUUUGGUCAUGGAAAAGGAGUGGAGAACUUUGUCACUGUCAUCACAGGAACAGGUAUUGGAGGUGGGAUUAUUCAGCACAACGAGCUGAUCCACGGCAGCACUUUCUGCGGCGCCGAAUUGGGUCACAUCAUGGUGUCGUUAGAUGGCCCAGAGUGUUCGUGUGGAAGCCGAGGAUGCAUUGAGGCAUACGCUUCUGGCCUGGCCUUGCAGAGAGAGGCCAAAAAAAUGAAUGACGAUGAACUGAUAAAAGGGGAUGGCUUGGAAAAGAAGCUCUCCGAGCCCAUCACUGCUGCGCACCUUAUCAGUGCGGCAAGACAAGGGAACGCCAAGGCUGCAGCAAUUCUCAAUAAGGCCUCCAUAGCACUAGGAGUGGGCAUUAUCAACAUCCUCCACACAAUCAACCCCUCACUGGUGAUCCUGUCUGGUGUCUUAGCCUCAAUUUACCAGGACCCUGUGCAGAACGUUAUCGCGAGUAGAGCCCUCUUACCGGCUCAGAGCACCAAGGUGGUGAUAUCGGACUUGGAAGAACCCGCUUUAUUAGGAGCUGCGAGUAUGGUAUUGGAUUAUGCCACCAGAAGGACUUACUAA